AUGCCGUCUUAUCGCGGCCGCGGUGGCCACAGCGGUCCGCAGCAGCCAUAUCGGUCAUAUCAUGCUUCACAACCAGACGAUUUCUACGAUGACCGCUCGAGGUCACGAUCCCGAGAACGCAGACACAGCUCCCCUCACAAACGAAGUCCUCCACACGCCGACCACCAACCGGACCGUCUCAGGGAGAAUUCCAUUUUCGUGGCCGUGCCCGGAGUCCAGAUCGAAGACGUGACCGCAGCUAUGACAGGCGCACCCGUUAUUAUGAUGAUGGUGAUCGCAGCUCGCCAUCCCCUCGCCGAGGCAGAUCGUCUUAUUAUGACCGAGACGACCCUCGCUCCGCUUCACGAGACUACCGCAGCCGAAGUCGAAGCAGAUACCGGACACCGUCAGACGUGCGACCACCGAGUCGAGGCGCCCCGAGCAGGGAGAUCAUGA